UUUAUCCAUCCACUUCUCUUUUGGUCGGGACGAGGUUGUGCACGUGUCACGCUACUUUUGGUCGUUUCUCUCUCAGGAGGCUGAAGCUGCUGUCCACGGCGUGGGCAUGUGUUGCAUGUGAGAGGAGACGAAGCUGAGUGCGCAGGGUUGCAGAAAAGGACAGAGUGAAAACGGAACUGGACAAGUCCAUACACCAUGAAGAAAGAGGAAUCUGGUAAUCAGAUUCUGAAUGAAGUUGGGGCUCUGUUCUGCAUGUCUGGCAGUAAUAAUGACGGCAAAGGGAAGAGGAUUAAGGUACUAUCCCAUCCUGGGGUCCCAUUAGUGGGACUGAUGUUUUUGGCCACCCUCCCUUUUGGAGCAAGCAUCAAACAGAGUGUCCCCAGGGUUAAACUCAGCCACAAAGAACUGCUGCAAGCUGGCAGUGUAUCUCUGUUUUUGGGCCCCUCAGAUGGCCUCCACUCCCACUCGCUGCUGUUGGAUGAGGAGAGAGGUCGUCUUCUGUUGGGAGCCAAGGAUCACGUCUACUUGCUUGACCCUGACAAUCUGACCAGAGCCCCCAGAAAGAUUCACUGGCCUGCUCCCCGGGACAGAGUUGAAAUGUGCAAACUUGCGGGCAAAAAUGCAAAUUUGGAGUGUGCUAACUUUGUAAGGGUGCUCCACAACUACAAUCGAACACACGUCUAUGCCUGUGGGACGGGAGCCUUCCACCCCAUUUGUGCUUUCAUUGAAAUCACUGGGUGCAGAAAGGAUGGUGUGUUCCACCUGCUGUCUAGUACGGUGGAGUCUGGCAGGUUGAAAUGUCCUUUUGAUCCCUUGCAGCCAUUCACCUCAGUCCUCACUGAUCAGUACCUGUAUGCAGGCACAUCUUCAGACUUCCUAGGCAAAGACACAACGUUCACCCGCUCCCUCGGCCCUCCACCUGACCAGCACUACAUACGCACAGACAUCUCUGAAGACUACUGGAUCAAUGAAGCAAGGUUUAUAUCUGCUCAUCCCAUCGCAGAUACCUACAACCCAGAUGAUGAUAAGAUAUACUUUUUCUUCCGCGAGGUAUCAUGGGAAGGCAACGACAAGAGCAUCUUGUCCCGCGUGGCUCGUGUUUGCAAGAAUGAUAUGGGUGGGCUGAGGAGUCUGACCAAUAAGUGGACCACCUUCCUCAAAGCCAGGCUUGUGUGUUCUAUCCCUGGACCAGACGGAGUGGACACACACUUUGAUGAGCUCCAGGACAUCUUUCUGCUCCCUACCAGAGAUGACAAAAACCCUAUAGUGUAUGCAGUCUUCACCACCUCCAGCUCCAUUUUUCGUGGCUCAGCAGUGUGUGUGUACAGCAUGGCGGACAUAAGGGCUGUGUUUAAUGGACCUUACGCUCACAAGGAGGGACCUGACCACCGAUGGGUAGAAUAUGAGGGGAGGAUACCAUAUCCACGCCCUGGAACGUGUCCCAGCAAGACAUAUGAUCCAAGGAUCAAGACCACCAAAGACUUCCCAGAUGAGGUUGUCAGUUUCAUUCGAUUCCACCCUCUGAUGUAUCACUCUGUCUACCCUCUGACCAGACGGCCUGUGUUCACACGUGUCCGAGUGGACUACACCUUGACUCAGAUUGUGGUGGACAGAGUCUUAGCAGAGGAUGGACAAUAUGAGGUCAUGUUCCUGGGAACAGAUGCUGGCUCUGUCCUGAAGGUGGUGAGCAUCACAAAAGAGAACUGGUCAACAGAGGAAGUGGUGCUCGAAGAACUUCAAGUUUUCCAGGUUCCCAUGCCCAUCCUCAGUAUGGAGAUGUCUUCUAAACAGCAACAGCUCUAUGUGGGUUCAGGUGAGGGGCUAGCACAGGUUUCACUCAGUAGAUGUCACCUGUAUGGCCAAGCCUGUGCUGAAUGCUGCCUGGCACGAGACCCCUACUGUGCCUGGGAUGGACACACAUGCUCACGAUACAUCCCUGCAUCUAAAAGGAGAGCCAGGAGACAGGACAUCAAGCAUGGAGACCCUGCCAGUCAGUGCUGGGACACAGCCGACAGUCUUCGUGGGGGACGGGUGGAGGAGAGGGUUCUCUUUGGGGUGCAAAGCAACUCCACCUUCCUCGAAUGUAUCCCCAAAUCUCAACAGGCCCAGAUCCGCUGGUACAUACAGAGACAAGGAUCUGAACGCAGGGAUGAGGUCAGAUUGGAUGAUCGUGUUGUGCACACUGAUCGAGGCCUCCUGAUUCGCUCCCUCCAUGCCUCUGAUGCCGGUGUAUAUGUCUGCGUAGCUCAGGAGCACACACACUUUACCCACACUCUCCUCCGUCUCACACUACAACUUGUUACACAUGGCCAAUUGGAUGGAAAGUCCAAGCCCAGUGAAGAACCCAUGGUAGAGCUACGACAUGGUGCAGGGUCACGUCAGCGAUAUAAAGACUACCUGAGAGUGAUGAGCUCUCCUUUUGGCUCUCUGGAGGAGUACUGCGAUUCACUUUGGCUGGAGAAGAGGCCAUCAAGGGUGCGAGGACGAGGCUUAGGACACGGCAAAUGGAAACACAUCCAGGAAAUGAAGAAGAGCAGGAACAGGAGACACCAGAGAGAGAGGGAGGAAGAGAGACAAAAAGGGAGGGUGGUGAGGACAGCACAACAGUGAGGGAUGAGGUAAAAAAAACCAUUCAGGUUUAGCUGUGUAUAUUGGGUGAUGAAGCAGACAUGACACGGAAGUGUAAAAUUGUAAAGACAGAUCAGUCCAUGAGCAAGCAAAAUCUGAGUCAGAGUUAAUGGGGUAUCCAAGACUAACAGUGAAAGAGUUCAAAAUGUAAAUAUUAAAUUCAAUGAGAAAUUUAAAGUAGUAUUUGUUUGAGAGUAUGUAGUUUCUUCAAGUGCCAACGACGUAAGAAAAUUUCAGUUGUUUCAGAGGAAAAAUGCCUUGUUCAGUGAUUUUUCUCUGAGACUUCCAAAUUAAUUUUUUCCACGAAUUCUAAAAGGAAACUACUCAAAUUGUUUUGGAUACAACGUCAAUUAUUAUUAUGUCCUGUUUGCAGAUGUUUCAAAGAAAACAUCAGAGACCACAUUGACAAUAUGUGUAAAUCAUUUUUGUUCUGUUGUCCAUUGACGUCUACUGACUUUGCCUGCAGCUGUAGUGCUAGUGUAGAUGAACUGCCCGGGAGAAGGAUUACAACAUGAGCAUUUUCCCCACAAAAUACAGAUAAAACUGAUGGUUCAUAGCAUUGAUCUUUUCAUGAUAUUGAAAUGUAUGGUUGAUUUGGUGAGAUUGGGAAAGUAUAUACAGUAGUAGUAUAAAAAAACAAAAAACAAACAAGAGUUUGCUCAUGGUGAUGACAAUGCAUUCAUGUUGAAUGACUAGAUAUUUAUAUAACAUGUACAGGAGAUAUCGCAUGCUCAAUUUAUUCUAAUUACUGAUCUGUAUAACUAUAAUGAUAAUCAUUAUUUAGGUUUUGACUGAAAUAACAUAUUUUUGUACAAACAUUUAACAUAUGUACUGUAGGUUCAAUAGGUGUUUUCAUUGUUGCUGUUUUUUUCAGUUAUUUAAAUAAAUUUGUCUCGGAGGCUUUGUUCCCUGAAUUCUUGCUUACGUACAU